AUGCCUGGGGAGGCCCGAGAAGAUGCCAUCCUGCCCAUCAUGGUGAGCCCAGGCACUGGGACCAUUCCAUCCAGCCACCUCACUGAGGUCAGCCUGCACCCUGUUGAGUCCAUCAGUGACCUGCACAAUGGAGGGCCCCUGCACCCCUACCUGCCCGAUGACCCAGCCUCACAGCAAUGGGAAGAGCUGAUGGGCAUACUGCCCCCAUCGCUUUGUGUCCAGGCUGGCUGCAACCCGGCCCACGGGCGCGGGGCCUUCUUGUUACUGCUGGCGCUGCUCAUCCUCACCUGCCUUGCCCUUGCCAUCCUGGCUGUCUACCUGAGUGUGCUACAGAGCGAGUCCCUGCGGGUCCUGGCCCACACGCUCCGGGUCCAGGAAGAGACACUGCUGAAACUCCGACUGGCCAGCCUCAACCAGUGGCGUCGGCUCAAUGCCACUGAAGCUCGAGGCCUCAGUUGA